AAUCUUUAUUCGGUAACUCAUCAAUCUUCGUUGCUAUAAUUCGUGAUAUUUCUGUUGAUUUUUUGUGUAACACCUCAGUUUCAAUAAUCUCCAUCAAUUGCCUGCUUUCACACUGCGAUUUUGAUCUCUUCUGUGCUGGCAUUUACUUUCCGGCCAUCUUUCUUUGGCAUCUCGUGAAUCUUCCUUGAUGCUUCAUCAUUUGUCAGCUGAUUUGUUCUAUAAUUCAUUUUAAUCGUCUCCAUUAGAUGCUGGCUUUCACAGUACGAUUUCGAUUCUGUAAAUGUCGUCUGUGUCUCGAAUAUCUAUUCGAUGGCGGAUAUGCUCUCUCUCUCUCUCUCUCUCUCUCUCUCUCUCUCUCUCUCUCUCUCUCUCAUGAAGCGUAUAAUUUUUCCUGUUAUCUGAUUUUGCCGAGAUACUGUGAUUGAAAAUCUCUUGACAAAUUGGUGAUUAAUUGAUCCAACCAGAGCAUUGUUGACGUAUCUCUAACCAUGGUUCUUGGAUUGAGGUCAAAGACCCGAAAAGGCACUUCUGUCCAGGUUGAUUACCUUGUCAGUGUACAGGAGAUUAAGCCUUGGCCUCCAUCACAGUCUCUGAGAUCCAUUCAAUCUAUAGUGCUUCAAUGGGAAAAUGGUGAUCAGAGAUUUGGUUCCCUUACUGCAAAUGCUGGGGAAGGGAAAAUUGAAUUUAAUGAGUCUUUUAGGCUUGUCGUUACUUUAAGGAGGGAAGCAUCUGGAAAAAGCCGGACCCGUGAUGGUUUCCAUAAGAACUGCUUAGAGUUGUAUUUGUAUGAGCCUCGAAGGGACAAGGCGGCAAAAGGCCAGCUCGUGGGAACAACUGUAAUAAACCUUGCAGACUAUGGAAUUAUCAAAGAAACUAUAACUAUAAAUGCUCCAGUUAGUUGCAAAAAGAGUAAGAAUAUGACACAGCCGGUUAUGUUCGUUAAAAUUCAACCAUUUGAAAAGGAUAGUUCCUGCUCAUCACCGAAAGGGAGCUUAUCAGAAGCAGGAUCACUAGACAAGGGAGGAAGUGGAUCUGUUUCAGAAUUGAUGAAUGGAGAAAAUGAUGAGGAAACUGAGAUUGCUUCUUUUACUGAUGAUGAUUCUUCCUCUCAUUCGUCGCAGAUCAUUUCCUAUUCAGGUGUUGAAGUUGCUGGAGGUUCAUUGUCUCUUAAUGAAGGGAAUGGAUCAGAAUCAACAAAGGAUAGCGUGAGAAGUGGUAAUGGGGCGCCUGCUCCACUUUCAGAAGCAGUACCUGCAAAAUCAGAGGUCAACUUGCCGGCUGAACCAUUUAACUAUCUCAAGGGGAGUUUGUUCCCUUUGUCAUCAAUGGACUUGUCCUCUAAUCUGGGCAAGCCUACAAAUAAGAACUGCCCAAGAAUCUUUGACCGUGAAAACUUGGGUGAUGAGUUUCAUGAAAAGGUUGCUUAUGGCAGUGCAAAAGUACAAAAAAAUACUGGAAGAUUAAUUGGAGAAAAAAAUAUUGGUGAUUUUGCACCUAAACUUGCAUCAUUGGAUACACAAAAUCAGGUGACUGUGAGCUCAGAACCUCUGAGCUUUGCCGACUCUCAAGCUAAUGUAGAGGAUAAUGGUAAAGCUUGGAGUCUCAAGACAAAUAGCCCAGGGAAGGUUUCAGCUAUUGAGAGAUUGCAUGCUAGCCUUUUGGAGGACAAAGAGGGAAUGGAACAGCUACAAAAUGGACAUCAGAAGCCGUUUCUGGAUGCGAAGAAAUAUUCUGUGGAAAAUGCACUGAUUAGUAAUUUUUCACAAAAUGCUGCAGGAAAAGUUGGAUUGCAAGGAAGUUUCAGAAGCAGUGAUAAACUGAAGCAUGUGAAGUCUGUCACGUCACCAAUUUCAGCUAAGAGCAAUGGGAUGGUCAACGGAAAUCAUUUAACGGAAGAUGCGAAGACAGUUGAUGUUUUCAAAGUUGAUGAAAAUGCAAUGAAGUCUGCAGAAAGUGAAAAACAAGAAACAAGAAACAGUUUUCUGGAGGGCAAUGGUGAAUUAAGGUCUAGAAUUGAGAUGCUUGAGGAAGAGUUAAGUGAAGCUGCUGCUGUUGAGGCUGGCCUGUACUCAGUAGUUGCUGAGCAUGGCAGUUCUACAAAUAAGGUCCAUGCACCGGCUCGGCGCCUUUCUAGAUUCUAUCUUCAUGCUUGCAAGUCAAGAUCUCAGGCUGGUAGAUCAAGUGCAGCCAGGGCUGUUGUCUCAGGAUUAGUGUUAGUUUCUAAAGCAUGCGGAAAUGAUGUCCCAAGGUUAAGUUUCUGGUUAUCAAAUUCGAUUGUGUUGAGAGUUAUUGUCAGCCAAGCUGCAGGGGAAAUGCUUACUGGGCUCUGCAAAAGUAGUAGCGGUAGUGGAAAGGGCUUGGGUGAGAGAGCUCCAUUUGAGGUGGAUGAGUCAUCUCCUAUUGAAAAAGGGAAUAAUUUGCGGAAAAAAUUUGAUGACCAGGAGGACAUACGUGCAUUUAUUUUUGUGUUGGAAAAGAUUGAAGCUUGGAUCUUCUCAAGAAUUAUCGAGUCUGUAUGGUGGCAGACCCUUACCCCGCACAUGCAAUCCUCAGCUGCAAAGGUUAGUGCUAGGAAUAAGGGCUCAAACUCGAGGAAACCUGAAGGAAGGAGAUAUGGUUUGGGUGAUCACGAGCAAGGGAGUUUUUCCAUUGAUCUUUGGACGAAAGCUUUUAGGGAUUCAUGUGAAAGGCUUUGUCCUAUUCGAGCCGAAGGUCAUGAUUGUGGCUGCUUAUCUGUUCUGUCUAGAUUGAUCAUGGAGCAGUUGGUGUGUAGAUUAGAUGUGGCGAUGCUCAAUGCCAUUCUUCGUGAAUCAGAUGAAGAGAUGCCAACAGAUCCAGUAUCUGAUCCUAUUUGUGACUCCAAGGUGCUCCCUAUUCCAGCUGGAAAAUCAAGCUUUGGGGCUGGUGCACAACUUAAGAAUGCUGUUGGCAGCUGGUCCAGAUGGCUUACAGACCUAUUUGGCAUUGAUGAUAAUGACUCCCUUGAGGAUACCGAGCUUGGGGUUUGCAAAAGCCAGAAAUAUGAUGUCUCAUUCAAGGCUUUCCAUCUCCUUAAUGCGUUGAGUGAUCUCAUGAUGCUCCCACUGGAAAUGCUUGCAGAUAAGUCCACAAGAAAAGAGGUAUGCCCUAAAUUUGGUGCUUCAUUGGUCAAGAGGGUUCUCAAAAGUUUUGUCCCAGACGAGUUUUGUCCAGAUCCAAUCCCUGAGACCAUUCUCAAGGCCGUGGAUUCUGAGGACCCUCUUGAGGAUGAUAAAGAGUGCAUUACGAGCAUCCCGUGCAUCGCAGCACCUACAGUCUAUUCGCCACCACCAGCGGCUUCUCUUGCGAGUGUUGUCAGCAAUGUUGGAAACCAGCUUAUGCUGAGGAGGGGGUCUUCGGUGCUUAGAAAAUCAUACACAAGUGACGACGAGCUAGAUGAGUUAGAUUCACCCUUGACUUCAAUUGUUGACAAUUCCAAGGGUUCUUCAACAAAACUAAAUUGGAUGCUGAAGGAGAGUCGAAAUGUCGUGAGAUAUCAACUCCUCCGGGAAGCAUGGAGGCAUGAGUAGUUAUUCCCUCCAUGCUUUUACUCCAUUUCUCGUACAUAGGUAUAUAUAGCUGUAUAUAUUCUUCAUUCAAGCUUCUAUUUCUAGUUUUUGGAUCCUUGUAAAUUAUUCGGCUUCUUCAUGUGCAAUAUCAAACUGGAUCAAGGUUCUCUAGAGUUACUAUUUGGUCUAGUUUUAUACAA